GAAACAACGUUGAUACCGACUGGCCACCAGAGGAGGCAGCAUCCACGCCCUACAGCCCGCUGAACCUGAGGCCCCUGAGGCCCCUGAGGUCCCUGAGAUCCCGACCAUAGCACCCCACCUGCAGUGAUUUGGCCCCCUUGGGCCGACUGCACCUGGCGAUACCGGAGAUGAACUUUCAGCAUCGCUUGGGCUACGCCCGGAACACGCACCCCUCGUCUCUCUUGACCUCGAGCAAUGGGGCGGUCGGCAGUGAUGUGAGCAUGAGCAGACUGUUCCCUCGCCCUUCUCCUUGCUUAAGCACUGUAGAUGGGCCUCAUCCGAGCCUGCAACGGUCUCCCGAGAUCACCUCACUGACACACCCACAGUCGAAUCAGUCGGCGUCUCUGCCUGCCAUCUUGGCCGCCUUUGUCCCAUCAUUGUUCAGUGCACUCUUCCUUCUCGCCGUGUUUAUCCUCAUCAGGCGGCCCCUUCGGAGGAUAUACUCACCAAGAACCUACAUUGACGUCAUUCCUGAGAAAGAUCGCACACCCGUAUCAAGUCUUAAACGCUUCGAAUGGCUCCGCACAAUCAGGAAGCUUGACGACAAAUUCGUCCUUGAGCAUUCCUCCCUCGAUGCCUAUCUAUAUCUCCGCUUUCUCAAGACGUCCGUCUACAUCUGUUUUGUCGGGGCACUCAUCACCUGGGCCAUCCUCUUCCCCGUCAAUGCGACUGGCGGAGGGGACGCAAAUCAGCUCGAUCGGCUUGGCUUCGGUAAUGUGCGUCACAAGGACAGACUUUAUGCGCAUGCCGUGGUGGCUUGGGUCUUCUACGGGUUUGUUCUGCUGGUCAUUGCUAGAGAACGGAUUUGGCUCGUGGGGCUCCGCCAAGCCUGGUAUCUCGCUCGAACCAACGCGUCGCGACUCUCGUCAAGGACCGUCCUCUAUCUCGACCCGCCGAGGGAGGCUAUUAAUGCCUCUGACCCGCAGGAGAGCUUCGGCAGUGAUGCACGACAUCAGUGGAUCGUCAAAAAGACCAAGUCACUUGACGACGAGGUCGAGUCGAGGGAUGACAAGGCGUUGAGACUCGAAUUCGCUGAGGUUUCGUACCUGAGACAGGCCAGCAAACAGAUUGCCGAGACCCACCGAAGAGAAGGCCUGGAGGUCACAGGAAGUGCAAAUAAUGCUGCAAUCGAGAGUGCGUGUCCGAGUGAGCGACAAGUUCAUCUCUCUGUCAAUGCGUCUGAUCUGAUUCAACACCUGCGCAAGGAGGCGCAAGAAGCAGUGCAAAAGGUUGCAGAGAAACGGGAGUCCUACGCGGCCGAAAGCACAAAUGGCCACGACCGGUGUGCAAUAUUUGUUGAAUACGCCACCCAGUCUGCUGCGCAGCGCGCUUAUCGGGCCGAAGUCAAGCCUCGCCUUCCAGUGCCUGCCAGCCUGGCCACCCGAUCAAGGCUCAUUGGUGUUCUUCCGAACGAGAUUAUAUGGCGCAAUCUCGCGAUGCCACAGGCCGAACGACUAUCCAAGAAGUCCGUGGCAAACCUCCUGAUCGCGCUUCUCAUCGUCUUCUGGUCCAUCCCAACGGCCGUGAUAGGCACCAUAUCAAAUGUGAAUUACCUCGCCGACAAUGUUUCGUGGCUUUCAUGGAUCAACAACCUUCCAGACCCUCUCCUGGGGCUUCUCACAGGAUUCUUGCCUCCAUUUCUCACAAGCCAGUUUGCGUCUUACUUGCCAAACCUCAUGCGACAUAUUGCCAGAGCCGCGGGACAGCCCACGGUGGUCACGGCCGAGCUACAGGUUCAGGCCUGGUAUUAUGCGUUCCAGAUUAUACAGGUGUUCCUAGUCACCGCCCUCUCUUCUUCGGCUACCGCUUUUAUCCCAACCGUCAUCAGUAAUCCACACCAUGUUCCCCAGCUACUUGCUGACAACCUUCCGAAAUCGUCCAACUUCUACCUGACGUAUUUCAUACUCCAGGGUCUCGCCUCAUCCGUUAAGAACAUCAUGAAUUGGUCGGAUCUGCUACAAUACCUUUUUUUUGAAAUCUUCGUCUAUAAAACACCACGGGAUAAGUACAACCAGUACGUCGGCCUGAAAGGAAUUGCAUGGGGUAAAGUCUAUCCGAAGUUUACAAAUUUCGUGAUCAUUGCCCUGGCUUACAGCUGCAUAUCGCCGCUCGUUCUGGGGUUUGCAGCUGUCGGGCUUUCCCUCUUCUAUUUCAGCUACAGGUAUACUUUGUUGUUCAUGGUGCAACCGAAAAUCGAGACAAAGGGAAAGUGUUAUACUCGCGCACUCCAGCAGAUACUGGCCGGCAUAUAUAUCGGCGAGCUAUGUCUGAUCGGGCUCUUUGGCUUACGAAAGGCCAAGGGCCCAGCGAUCAUGCUGGCUAUCUUAUUCUUUGCGACCAUUGGCUACACGAUCCUGACGAAUCGUUAUCUGAACCCGCUGGAGGACCACUUCCCUGACGACAUGAUCAACGCUGAGAAUGGAGAGCAUGACCCUCUGUUAUCUGCCGCUGAGGAAGGCCAAGCUAUCGCUGCUGGGGACGUACAAGUAGACGAGCACGAGAGAUCUCGAGUGCAGCGCGUCGGCAGAGAAAUGCAUCUCCCUCAGAAGGUCAUCUCCCCAGUCGCACAAUUUUUUGAGCCGCACGUAUACGCUUCGCACCAGGCCAUGCGCACUUUCCUCGCUCGCACAGGAGCCGAAACAGAGCCCGCCCCCGAGUAUAGCGAAGAGGACAUCAGGAAGGCAUAUCAAAACCCUAGCCUCUCCAGCAAAACGCCUCUCAUAUGGCUGCCAAAGGACAACUACGGUUUGAGCAAGAAAGAGAUUGAGAGCCUGAGCGCGGACAACCUGGAGGCUACAGAUGAGGGAGCUUGGGUCAGUAACAGAGGCAAAGUGGAUUUCGACAGGAGUAACCUAAGGGACUUGUUGGUCUGGAAACAGCCAAAGGCUUAUUGAAUUGAACAUGGAGAGAAGGGGCACAGAGGAAGUAAGUACAAUGAAAUCGGUAUUCAUUUAUUCAAGAACAACCAUAUGGCAGUACACUUUAGGGGUAUGAGUGCACCUUAUUUAACUUUUGCCCAACAAAUAUCCGGAUCCUCCAUUCUCUACCAGCAUUUCAAGCUCUUGUCGGGCCCCUACACCCAGCACUUGAGAGCAGCAAACGGUCAGACGAUGUACUGCUGUAUGUUAUUGUUAGCAGGUCUUCCCCGGCUGUAGAUGCUUCUUUCGAUCUCCUAGAGUUGUUGCGAGUGCAAAGGCAGUCCCUGCAUUAUCUGCUUGAACACCCACAGGGACGCCUCAGGUUCUAUACGGUCACUUUCGUCAGCUUCUUAGGUUGCUACCGCGCGUUGCAAUUCAAAGAGCUUACGGUAGUAGGGAACCUCAUGGCCCGCCGCAUAGACCCUCAAAUAGUUCAGGUUGCUGACUGUUUU